ACGGUGGAUGGGGAGGAGCUUUUAUUUUUUGGGAUUUUAAGUCCUGCCGAAAAUUCCAGAAUAGCCCAUGUCAAAGAUGUCUUCGGAAACUUCACUAUCGUAUAUUAUCUUGUUCAGGUUUGCGAGCUGGAUAUUAUUUUCAACUUUGAAAAGGCAUAUUUCAUAUUGGACGAAUUCUUAUUAGCCGGUGAAAUACAGGAAACCAGUAAAAAGCAAGUGCUCAAAGCGAUCGCUGCGCAGGACUUGAUACAGGAGGUUUUUUAA